CUACCCACCCACCCUACCUCACCCACCUACCUCACCCACCUACCUCACCCACCUACCUACCUCACCCCUGACCCCCAUUACCUCACCCCUGACUAACCCAUAAACCCUGCCCUCAAAUUACUACCUCAACACUCUAUGUAAAACUGCUGCUCUUAAACCGCUCUGUCCCCACCCUCCUGAGUAUUACAUUACAUUCAACACACCAACAGGGGGAAUUAAAAAAAGCAUUGCCAGUGCCUACUUCCUGGUGUCCAUUUUGUGCCCAGAGUGGAGUCACCAGUAGGGUGCUCUAAGCCUGUGUACUGGCACGCGACGAUGCUGCUGAACUUCGAGUGACGUCCCCACUCUGUGAUGUCAGAGGCCGGAGGAGAGGGACGGGACCAGAGUGGGAAUCUCAUGUUUGUUGUUGGCUGUGUCGAUGAAGACCACCGAGGCUCAGAAGAAGGAGGAAGAAUGAAGAACGAGGGAGAGAUGCGAAAAGGAGAGGAGGAAGACGACCAGGAUUAUGACUCGCCUCCAGAGAGGCAGAUCGUGGUGGGCAUCUGUUCCAUGAUGAAGAAGUCCAAGUCCAAGCCCAUGACCCAGAUCAUGGAAAGGCUGUGUAAGUUUGAGUACAUCACAGUGGUCAUCUUCCCCGAGGAGGUCAUCCUCAACCAGCCCGUGGACAAAUGGCCCCUGUGUGACUGCCUCGUCUCCUUCCACUCCAAAGGUACAAACCAACGUUUCCCAUUGGACAAAGCGGUAGAGUACGCCAAACUCAGAAACCCACUUCUCAUCAAUGACCUGAACAUGCAGUACUACAUACAAGACAGGAGGGAGGUGUAUCGUAUCUUGCAGGAAGAGGGCAUUGAUCUUCCUCGUUACUCUGUGUUAACCCGAGAUCCAGACAGACCUGAAGAGUGUAACCUGGUGGAGGGGGAGGAUCAUGUGGAGGUGAACGGGGAGGUGUUCCCCAAGCCCUUUGUGGAGAAGCCUGUGAGUGCUGAGGACCAUAACGUUUACGUCUACUACCCCACCUCAGCUGGAGGGGGCAGCCAGAGACUCUUCCGCAAGAUAGGGAGCCGCAGCAGUGUGUACUCCCCAGAGAGCUGUGUGAGGAAGACUGGCUCCUACAUAUACGAGGAGUUCAUGCCAACGGACGGCACUGAUGUCAAGGUGUACACAGUGGGCCCUGACUAUGCCCAUGCUGAGGCCAGGAAGUCCCCAGCCCUGGACGGUAAGGUGGAGAGGGACAGCGAGGGGAAGGAGAUCCGCUACCCUGUCAUGCUCUCCGCCAUGGAGAAACUGGUGGCCCGCAAGGUCUGCCUGGCCUUCAAGCAAACUGUGUGUGGCUUCGACCUCUUGAGAGCAAACGGCCACUCCUUCGUCUGUGAUGUCAACGGUUUCAGCUUUGUGAAGAACUCCAUGAAGUACUAUGACGACUGUGCCAAAGUCUUGGGGAACAUGGUGAUGCGAGAGCUGGCCCCUCAGUUCCACAUCCCCUGGUCCAUCCCCCUGGAGGCUGAGGACAUACCCAUAGUCCCCACCACCUCAGGAACCAUGAUGGAGCUGCGCUGUGUCAUCGCCAUCAUCCGCCACGGAGACCGCACCCCCAAACAGAAGAUGAAGAUGGAAGUCCGACACCCUCUAUUCUUUGCGCUGUUUGAAAAGUAUGGAGGUUACAAGUCAGGGAAACUGAAGUUGAAGAAGCCCAAACAGCUACAGGAAGUGCUGGACAUUGCCCGGCUCCUACUGGCUGAGUUGGGACAGCACACAGACUGUGAGAUCGAGGAGAAGAAGGGUAAACUGGAGCAGCUCAAGACGGUCCUAGAGAUGGAAUCCAGCUUGAAUGACACUCGGUACGGCCAUUUCUCAGGCAUCAACAGGAAGGUGCAGCUCACCUACCUGCCCAACGGACAGCCCAAAGCCUCCAGUGAGGAAGAAGAGGGUCCAAAGGAGGGUUCGUCUCUGCUGCUGGUGUUGAAGUGGGGCGGGGAGCUGACCCCGGCAGGCAGGGUACAGGCUGAGGAGCUGGGCAGGGCCUUCCGCUGCAUGUACCCUGGAGGACAAGGGGACUACGCUGGUUUCCCUGGCUGUGGUCUGCUCCGUUUACACAGCACCUACCGCCACGACCUCAAGAUCUACGCCUCAGACGAAGGCCGUGUUCAGAUGACCGCUGCCGCUUUUGCCAAGGGGCUGUUGGCUCUGGAGGGAGAGUUGACACCCAUCCUGGUGCAGAUGGUGAAGAGUGCCAACAUGAACGGCAUGCUGGACAGCGACAGUGAGUCUCUGACCGACUGCCAGCAGAGGGUGAAGGUACGGCUCCAUGAGAUCAUGCAGAAAGACCAGGACUUCACUGAGGCCGACUACCGAAAGCUGGCCCCGACAGACAGCCCCUCCCUGGUCAGCUCUAUGAAGACCAUAGGGAACCCAGUGAGGACGUGUGACCAGGUCUACGCCCUCAUCCAGAGCCUCACCUCCCAGAUCCGCAGGAGGCUGGAGGACCCCAAAUCUGCAGACCUGCAGCUGUACCACAGCGAGACCCUGGAGCUGAUGCUGCAACGCUGGUCCAAGCUGGAAAGGGACUUCAGGAAUAAGAGCGGUCGCUACGACAUCAGUAAGAUCCCGGACAUCUACGACUGUGUGAAGUACGACACGCAGCACAACUCCACGCUGGACCUAGAGGACACACUGGAGCUGUUCAGGCUGUCCCGUGCCCUGGCCGACAUCGUCAUACCUCAGGAGUAUGGCAUCAAUAAGGCAGAGAAGAUGGACAUUGCCCAGGCCUACUGCCUGCCCCUGAUGAAGAAGAUCCAGCUAGACCUGCAGAGGACCCACGAGGACGAGGCCGUCAAUAAGCUGCACCCACUGUACUCACGGGGGGUCAUGUCUCCGGGGCGCCACGUCAGGACCCGUCUCUAUUUCACCAGCGAAAGCCACGUCCACUCACUGCUCAGCAUCUUCCGCUAUGGGGGAUUACUGGAUGAAGUGAAGGACCAGCAGUGGAAACAGGCCAUGGAUUACCUCAGUGCUGUCUCUGAACUCAACUACAUGACCCAGAUAGUCAUCAUGCUGUAUGAGGAUAACAACAAGGACCCUGGCUCAGAGGAGCGUUUCCACGUGGAGCUCCACUUCAGUCCCGGGGUGAAGGGCUGUGAGGACGAGGAGAACGUCCCUCUGGGCUUUGGCUUCCGCCCAGCCUCCGCUGAGAACCAGGAGAAGCAGACCAACCAAGGCAGUCUGGAGGACCUAUCACAGGAUGAGACUGACCGGGCCCUGUCGCUCUCUGAGCCAAUCGGCAUCAAAAGAUCCCCCAUGAUCCGAAACCGCAAGACUGGCUCCAUGGAGGUCCUCGCCGAGACCAUACCCACCUCCUCCAAGGGCGCCUCUUACCGCCUCUUCCCCUCAUGCUCGCGCCAGUCCCCCGAGAUUAAACAGACUGGUCUAGAGCUCUUCUCUAUGCCGGCAGUAAAGAGAUUUUCUGUGUCGUUUGCCAGGCAUCCAACUAAUGGCUUUGAAGGCUGCUCCAUGGUGCCCUCUAUCUACCCGCUGGAGACGUUGCACAACUCGCUGUCCCUCAAGCAGGUGGACAAGUUCCUCAAUGCCGUGUGUGAGCACAGCAGCGAUGCCCACGCCAAGACCAUGAAAGCUCUCUCUGCCUUGUUCGACACAUCGAGUCAGGGGUACGGCCAGACACACAUCUACCCCCCCCUACCGAAAGCCCUGUCCUCAGAAACUCCUGUCCGGCCCCCAGAAUGCCCACUAUGGUACAGCAGUGGCCCCUCUAGUUCAGUGCAGGGCCCCCCUCCCCCACCUCAGUGAACUCAGACAUACAUUUCAGCUUCAGUGAGUAGACCACAGCCCCCUCACCGGAUCCCACAGAGAAACUAGAGGACAACACAACACCUGGAUCCUCUCCCUAUUCAUCCAUCCACCCACCCAGGCAUCCAUCCAUCCACCCACCCAGGCAUCCAUCCAUCCACCCACCCAGGCAUCCAUCCAUCCACCCACCCAGGCAUCCAUCCAUCCACCCACCCAGGCAUCCAUCCAACCACCCACCCAGGCAUCCAUCCAUCCACCCACCCAGGCAUCCAUCCAUCCACCCACCCAGGCAUCCAUCCAUCCACCCACCCAGGCAUCCAUCCAUCCACCCACCCAGGCAUCCAUCCAUCCACCCACCCAGGCAUCCAUCCAUCCACCCACCCAGGCAUCCAUCCAUCCACACUGUGACUUCUACCUGCCUGUGAGUGCUCUCAAACGAAUCAUAGUCACAUACAGUGCUGGACCCUAAGGACCGUCAGUCUCAUUUUGUGGACAAAAACAAACCAAAACCCACUGGCCCCUCCCAUCAGGCGGAUGUGUGUCCAACCAACACUGCCCCAGUUGAGCGACAGCGAGGGGAGCCUUUCCCCAGGCACCUUUGCAGUGUAUAGACGGGCCUGAGGCUGGAUGCAUCCCUGCCGUCUGUCCUGGAUUCAGACUGCUGUCCUGCCGUCUGUCCUGGAUUCAGGCUGCUGUCCUGCCGUCUGUCCUGGAUUCAGGCUGUGGCUGCUGAUUAGAGAUGAUGGGAGAAACAGGAGCUGAGUAUUUCCAUGCUUCAUCAAAAUCCUAUUCUAUAUGGAACUGCACACACAAAAUGUGGCACUGCAUGAGUACCUCCUUUCUCAGAGGAGGGAGGCAGGUUCAGAAUAUUCUGCAUUUUGGAUCAUGGCUGACCACAUUCUUUGGAACACAGAUAGUUGAGCCAGUUGAUCAAAUAUGGACUACUUUCUCCAGUUUUGUUGGUGUUGUCCCUUUUUUUUUGGUAUACUGUUUGGGUUUCCGUACUUUACAUGAUUUGGGGGGAAAGGGUACAAUACAAUGGGGAUACUGUUUCCUGUCAUUGUCUACACAGCAUUUUGAUACCACUUUGUCGCAAAAUAACAACUCAUUCUAUACACAUACUGGUUAUGUUUUAAGUGUAAAAUAUAUUUCAUAUACCUCCUUCAACCUACCAAACAUAGAAACAAUACACGUGCCUCAACUCCCUUACAAGGAGAAUCAGUGUUACUGAAUAUAUUUUAGUGUUUCAAGGGUAAACCACUCCUGUCUCUUUGGCUACUUCAGUCUGUACUGGAUCCAGUCCUCCUACUAGUUUAAACAUGUUUGCUGUCUUGACAAAGUUUAGCUUUAAAUACUAAUUUAAACGAUUCUAUAUCAUAUGUUGUAAUACAUAUUAUUAUGUCAUCUGUGUUGCACCUGAAAGGAUAAUAAAGUUAUAUUGAAUAUGUAAUUAGGGCUAAAAAAUAUAAUUUUUUACAUGGGAGGGAUACAUUAAAUCGUUUUAACAAAAACAUAUGGUUACGAAUACAACUUCAUAAUACACAUUUUAUUUUGUUCUUGUACAGUGCCAUUACAUUCUUGACAUAAUUCUCAGAAUUGUAAACCUACAACUUUUCAAUAGUUUAUGAAGAGAACAUGCUUGUCAUUGUUUUGUAGUUUGUAUGUUGUCUUUUUGUAUGUAGUCUUAUAUGCCAUCUCAAGGAUGCUCUCAACUGCACUAAUGUAGCCCUACCGUAGCACUGCUGAUCUGUACAAGAAACCUUUAUUUUUCUUUGACUUUACUUCACGUUGUUUUUAUCGUGAUAAUAAUGAUUUAUUUAACGAUUGGUGUUUUGUAGCUGAAAUUUAGGACUGUAUUUGUGAUUUACUUAAUGUUGCAUGUAAUGUCAGCCAAAGACAUUUGAUUCUGUAUAGAAUCUUCUCCUUAGACUUUAAAAAUAGAAUACCAAGGUUGUUUUAUUAAAAGUCAUAUCGGA